AUGACAUCUGCAUCUUCAACAACUACGGAUGAAGUAAAUCGUAGUUUUACCGUAGAUGAUGUCAGUGAUCCAAAUAUUGUACUUCGACCUAUUGAAGGAUAUCAGAGCAUGAUGAUACUUUCGCUCGAAGAAGCCACGAAAACAGUAGCUUCACUUUUUCGAAAUCUUGAACGCAAAACAAUCAAAACUUAUUCCUAUUAUCAAUAUGAAGAUAAAAUUUUACUUCUUCCUGGAACAUAUUUAGAAGUAAUAGGAAAAGCAAAGCUAGCCGAAGGAUUACAUAUUAUUCGAAUGCGUGAAAUUAAUCCUCCUCAUGUUUUACUUGAACCACCUAUUGAUUUUGAGACAACGCAAAAUAUUGAAUUUAUUCUUGAUUCUGUUUAUGAAGUUAAUAAUGAAAAUGAUAAUGUACCAAAAUUAUUCAUUAUUUGA